AUGGAUCCCUUCGAGUACAACGCGAACCCCUCGCGCGUGGUGUUCGGACCCGACAGCAUACAGAAACUGCCAGACGAGCUGCGACGACUGAAGUUGUCCUCUCCUCUGCUCCUGACAACGCCCCAGCAAGUCUCUUCCGGUGAAGACCUUGCUAAGAUCCUUAAUGCCGCCUCAAUAAAGCCGGCUGGCACGUACACCAAUGCCACUAUGCAUACCCCUUCACAUAUAACCAACGAGGCGCUCGAGUAUAUGAAGUCCGCUUCUGCAGACAGUGUCGUCUCGAUUGGAGGUGGUUCGACAAUUGGUCUCGGCAAAGCCAUCUCAGUGCGCACCGGCCUCCCUCACCUCUGCAUACCCACGACCUAUGCGGGUAGCGAGAUGACACCUAUCCUAGGCGAGACGCAGGAUGGAAAGAAGACGACACGAUCAGAUCCAGCUAUCCUGCCAGGCACUGUCAUAUACGACGUCAAUCUAACCAUGACGCUGCCCACCUCCCUCUCUGCGACCUCCGGCGUCAAUGCAAUAGCUCAUGCCGUUGAAGCAUUAUACGCGAAGAACAAGAACCCUAUAAUCACAAUGAUGGCGCUUGAGGGCACAAAAGCACUUGCCGAAUCCCUUCCCACCAUAGUCGAAGACCCCUCGAACCAGGCUGCCCGAGAGAGAGCGCAGUACGGCGCCUGGCUUUGUGGCGUCUGCCUCGGCAGCUCCGCCAUGGCGCUACAUCACAAGCUCUGCCACACGCUCGGCGGCAGCUUCAAUAUGCCUCACGCAGAGACACAUACGAUCGUGCUGCCUCAUGCUCUUAGCUACAAUGCUCCUGCCAUACCUGAGGCGAUGAAGCUGCUGGCGGAGGUCCUUCCAGGCAGCAAUGGCAAUGCUGUCCAGGGUCUGAACGUUCUGCUGGAGAAGCUGAAGGUGAAGCGGGCGUUAAAGGACUAUGGGAUGAAGGAGGAGGACGUGGCUAAGGCGGCACAGAUUGCGGUGAGCAAUCAGUAUCCGAAUCCGCGGGAGAUCAAGGAGGAGCCUAUCAAAGAGUUGAUCAGGAGAGCAUGGGCUGGCGAAGAUGCGAAAGACGACUUAUGA